AGCCUUGUUGGCAAUACUCAGAUCAUCAUGAAAACAAAUACUGUGAUCUGAAGUGUAGCCAUACUUGUAACUGCAAAAUGAGGUCAUCAUCAUAUUUAGAUAACUUAGUUUGGAGAGAGAGUGAAGUUAACCAUUACUAUGAACCCAAGCUUAUUAUAGAACUUUCCAAUUGGAGAGAACAAAGCAAAGAAAAAUCUGAUAAGAAAGGCAAAUCAAAAUGUGAAAGGAAUGGAUUGGUUAAAGCCCAGAUAGCGCUAGAGGAAGCAUCACAACAACUGGCUGGAAAAGAAAGGGAAAAGAAGCAGGGAUUUGAUUUUGAUUCCUUUAUUGCAGGAACUAUUCAGCUUAGUUCCCAGCAUGAGCCUACUGAUGUUGUUGAUAAAUUAAAUGACUUGAAUAGCGCAGUGUCCCAACUAGAAUUGAAAAGUUUGAUAUCAAAGUCAGUAAGCCAAGAAAAACAGGAAAAAGGAAUGGCAAAUCUGGUUCAAUUAGAAGCCUUGUACCAAUCUUCUUGGGACAGCCAGUUUCUGAGUGGUAGGGAGGACUGUUUUUUCAUAAAUCAGUUUUGUGAGGUAAGGAAGGAUGAACAAGUUGAAAAGGAAAACACUUACACUAGUUACUUGGACAAGUUCUUUAGCAGGAAAGAAGAUCCUGAAAUGCUAGAAACUGAGCCAGUAGAGGAUGGGAAGCUUGGGGAGAGAGAAAUGAGGAAGGAUUUCUGAACAACACUGGGGAGUUCCUCUUUAACAAGCAGCUCGAGUCCAUAGGCAUCCCGCAGUUUCACAGUCCAGUUGGGUCACCACUUAAGUCAAUAUAGGCCACAUUAACACCUUCUGCUAUGAAAUCUUCUCCUCAAAUUCCUCAUUAAACGUACAGCAGCAUCUGAAACAUCUAAACUAAAACACUCAG